AUGAGUUUCCCAGCCAUUGGCCCCAGCAAAGUCGUUGAGCCCUAUUCCAUUGAAAACCUCCCUCCUCUUGUUAUUGGAGGUGCUGUUCUUAACUUCAUUUAUACCAAGGAUCCAACGCAACUUCCGAUCCAAGAUAUACUUGAUAUUGCCUUCUCCAAGGGUCUCAAUGCCAUAGAUACCUCUCCAUACUACGGAAGGUCUGAAGAGUUGAUUGGCCAGGCACUUAAGAAGCUAGAGAGCAAGUGGUCCCGUGGUAGUUACUACAUUUGUACAAAAGCUGGUCGCAUUGCUGAUGAUGAGUUUGACUACUCAAGAGAGCAUGUGAGAGCAUCAGUAAAGAGAUCAUUGGAACUCUUGAAUACAGACUACCUUGAUCUUGUGUACAUGCAUGAUGUUGAGUUUGUGGAGACUCCAAAGGUGUUUGAAGCUUUGAAGGAGUUGCGUGCUUUGAAAGACGAAGGGUUGAUCAGGUCGUUCGGUUUCUCUGGCUACCCAAUCAAGUUCUUGUAUGAGAUCGCUUACAAGGCAGCUCAUGAAUAUACUGAUACCAUUGGAUCAGUGGACUGUAUCCUUAGCUAUUCCCAUGGAUGUCUUCAGAACACUGCUCUUUUUGAGUUGUAUGACGAUUUCUUCAAGAACUGUGGCAUCAAGAAGCUCUUGAACGGUUCGAUCUUGAGUAUGUCGCUUCUCCGUUCAGGAAAGACACAUGAAUUCCACCCAGCACCUCUGGCAUUGAGGCAAAGAAGUGACGAGGUGGCCCAGUUUUUCAAAGAUACACAUAAUAUUGAGCUUGCAGAGUUAGCCACCAGGUUUGCGCUCAAACGCUGGCUCUUUGAGACGAAACCACAGGAUGUCGUUCCUUAUGAAUGGAACCCAAAGACCUCGGUUGUUCUUGGAGUUUCAACCGUCGAAGAGCUCAAUUCAGCUUUGGAGAGUUACCACUCUGUUAAAGACCAGGCGAGCGAAGAGGACGAGAAGUUGUUCAAAGAAGCCAUAGAUAAAUUCGGUGACCACUUCAACGAGACUUGGCCAUCUGGAUUACACUAG